AUGAAGCAGGAAGACGAAGACGGGCCAUCGACACACCAGCCAGUAGAGAAACGGGGACCUAAAGAGUCCAUACCUGCAUUCCUGUCUCGCCUUCCUCCAUCAAAAACCUCUGUCUCCCAAGCUGGUCCCUGGAUCUGGAUGUGCAAAAGGCAGCCUCAAGCGAAAGCGGGCGACGUUGCGACGCUGUUAAGAAAAGGCAACGAGCUCCUCCACGGCUACGAGGAAGAGGCCGCCGCUCUCCGCGCCGCACACGACAAGUCCGGCGCAAAAACCACCGCUGUACUCACUCGCAAACUAAACCCGCUGCGUCGCAUGCUGGAACAGAAUAUCUUUGCCUUGGCUAGAGAGACUGGUGUGAUAGCUGGCAAGUGGAUGUUCUUCCCCACGGUGGACCAUGUGGACUCGGUUUGGAAGACUGUCGUUACAGCUCUUGACAGGGGUGAGCUGGGGGAAUCUGCCAAGGUUGCGACGGAUGAUGGGUCCGGUCAGCCGCGGCUGGUCUGCGUCUACACGGAGGAUUUUAGUGACAAGGAGGAUGUGACGCGGGUGUUGAGGACAUUGGUUGAUAGUGGACUCGUGAAUGCGCAGUCGCGGCCGAUUUACUACAAGUGCGAUGCUUACACCUAUCUGGAUAUCAAAUCCAAGAAUGACUACGGACUCAAGGCGAGCUUGUUCUCGAGCCGGGAUGUGCUGACCGGAAAGUUUUGA